AUGAACAGGAUGGUGACAACCAAGUGAGUUUUCUUUGUAUUUUAACAAACAUUCAGAAGAAUAAAAAAACUUUAAAAAAACGAACAAAAAAAUGAGGAAAUUACGGGCGCCUUGAAGUCAGACUCGCUAGACUUUCUAAAAAAAAAGAAUGAUGAAGGCUCUAAAUUUUAAGGCGAUAAACCAGGAAACAAGCAAAUACUCCGUAUUUUGAAUGAAAUAAGAUACAAAUUUCAUUCGAAAAUUUUUUAACGUCACAAAGGGGGCGUGGCGGUGGGAUUGCCGUGCAUUGGCUGCGUAGAAGUAGCGCGCCGCAGGAAAUUUGUAUAUUCAAAAUUUUUUUAGAAACGCUUCAAUUAUUGUUUUUCUUUCUUGUUUCUUUCAAAAAUUAGUGUGUUUGAUAUAAGAAAAUAUAGUUCAGAGUCGUUGAAAAAGUGCUCAUAGACUACUCUUCCAAUCAAUUUUAUGAAAUCACUGCGGAAAGUUCCGAAUCUAAGAACUUUCGUUUUUAUCUUUCUUCCAAGGAAAUUGAAGCCAGUUUUAAGCUCAACUUUUGAAUUUUUUGUUCACAACCGCUUUUUUCCUAAUAUUUUCUUUAAAGCCUUUACGGAACUAUAAAAAAUUCGCGCUUCAGCCCGUUUGGUUUGGCCAAAAUGAGUUUCAAACAGCAGAUGAUGAACAUGUCGGACAGGUCCCACAGAUCGGUCUUCGGUUAGUUUGAAAAAUGUUAAAAAAGUAUGAAAUUUCGAAAUUUCAGUGGGAAAUAUUUCCUACGACGUUCAAGACGAAUCGAUUCGACAGAUUUUUUUGCCAAGGUUUUUUUUAUCCUUAUAUAUUUCAAAUGAAAAUAAUUUUUAGGUUGGACCAGUUCUAUCGCUCAAAAAUGGUAAACGACAGAGAAACUGGCAAGCCGAAAGGGUAUGGAUUCGUGGAAUAUGCUGACGUUCAGACGGCCGAGUUGGCUAUAAGAAAUUUGAAUGGGUGAGCUCUAAAAAAAGGAAAUUAAUAUGAAAACUGGUUUUAGAUUUGAAUUAAAUGGUCGUCCGUUGAGAGUGGACAGUGCGGCCGGAGGCGAAAGGACAGCCGAUGAAAUGAAUACUUUACAGGUUCGAAAAAAUUCCAGAAAUCUUUUUUUUAAUGUUUAAAGGCCUAAAAAUGCUCUUCGUCUCGAGACUUUUUCUGAAAUAUGGCAAUGCUUUUUUUAACAGUUUCAGCAAUGAUUUCAGAACAAAUUUAAUAAAAGAUAAAUUUCAGACAGCUCUAGAACCACAGGAGGAAAAACCCGUAUGGAGCGGAAAUCGAUCCUUCCAAAGCUCCAGAGGUUUCAGAAUUCUCCUAAAUUUCAAAAAAUUCUUAAUACUGUGAUUUUAGGCGAUUUCCCGCUGUGUGGCUUCUCUGCCGCCUGA